GCGCGCGGAGGAGCGCGGGUAGAGGGGGCUCCGGGACGGCCGCCCGUGUGUCCGUCAGCCCGUCCGGGAGUGCGCGGUCCCGCCGGCUCCGGCCCUCAGCCUUCCCUGCCGGGGCACGCCUGCCGCCCGCUGCCGCCGCGGCACAGGGGGAGGGACGCGAGGAGCCGCCAGGAUGAAGCUGGUGAGGAAGGACCUGGAGAAGGAUAAUGCGGGGCAGGUGACGCUGAUCCCCGAGGAGCCUGAGGACAUGUGGCACACCUACAACCUGCUGCAGGUGGGUGACAGCCUGCGCGCCUCCACCAUCCGCAAGGUUCAGACCGAGUCGUCCACGGGCAGCGUGGGCAGCAACCGCAUCCGCACCACGCUGACCCUCUGCGUGGAGACUAUCGACUUCGACUCACAGGCCUGCCAGCUGCGGGUCAAGGGCACGAACAUCCAGGAGAACGAGUAUGUGAAAAUGGGCGCCUACCACACUAUCGAGCUGGAGCCCAACCGCCAGUUCACGCUGGCCAAGAAGCAGUGGGACAGCGUGGUGCUGGAGCGCAUCGAGCAGGCCUGCGACCCGGCCUGGAGCGCCGAUGUGGCGGCUGUGGUCAUGCAGGAGGGCUUGGCCCACGUCUGCCUGGUCACCCCGAGCAUGACGCUAACUCGUGCCAAGGUGGAGGUGAACAUCCCCCGCAAGCGGAAAGGGAACUGCAGUCAGCACGACCGGGCCCUAGAGAGGUUUUACGAGCAGGUGGUGCAAGCCAUCCAGAGGCAUAUCAACUUUGAGGUGGUGAAGUGUGUACUGGUGGCUAGCCCAGGCUUCGUGCGGGAGCAGUUUUGUGACUACAUGUUCCAGCAGGCAGUCAAGACUGACAACAAGCUUCUGCUGGAGAACAGGUCCAAGUUCCUACAGGUCCACUCUUCCUCGGGACAUAAGUACGCACUGAAGGAAGCACUCUGCGACCCAGCUGUAGCUAGCCGUCUUUCUGACACUAAGGCAGCUGGAGAGGUCAAAGCCUUAGAUGACUUCUAUAAAAUGCUGCAGCAUGAGCCUGACCGAGCUUUUUAUGGUCUGAAGCAUGUGGAGAAGGCCAACGAAGCCAUGGCCAUUGACACCCUGCUGAUCAGUGAUGAGCUUUUUCGGCACCAGGAUGUGGCUACCCGUGCCCGAUAUGUUAAGUUGGUAGAUAGCGUGCGGGAGAACAUGGGCACAGUUCGCAUUUUCUCCAGCCUCCAUGUGUCUGGAGAGCAGCUGGGCCAGCUGACGGGGGUGGCAGCUAUCCUGCGCUUUCCUGUGGCUGAGCUCUCUGACCAGGAAGAUGAAUCUAGCUCUGAAGACGAUUGAUAACAGUGACUUCAUUUCAGUUUCUUUUCCGCGUCACGCUAAAAUGACAUUUAAGGUCCUCCCGACCUGAAUACAGCGUGCAGAUGUACAAUGACAUGUAAUUAAAAAGUUUUAAUAGUGAACAUAUACAUGCAUAUAUAUAGCUUUACUCAGCACACUACUGAUGCACCCUACCAUACAUAUCCUAUGUAUGGUAAUAAUUAUUGGUAUGUUGUGCUGAGCUGACUGUUUUUGCAGUUCCUGACCACCAGCAGUACAAGAAACUAAUUUGGCUCCCCAGUGCUGCUUAGUCUGCAUGUUAAGGCAGACUGCCAACUUAGUGAAAUAUGUAGGAAAAAAUGGUAAACUAACAGAGGAAAAUUCACGUUAGGCUAUUUCUGUUCAAAUGCUUGGAAAGAGUAUUAUGAAACAAAUGUAAACUUCUUGGAAAAACUGUCAAAACUGUGCUUGAUCUUCACAGGAGCUCCCUGUUCUUCCUAAGGUGUGUCAUAGGAAUUGGGUCAAUAUCAGCUCUUUGGGCUUUGUGGGGUGAUGUAAGUCUAACCACUUCAGUUUUUCUGUGAAACGCUUGAAGCAGUCUUUCAGCAAUGAGACCCUUUAAGUUAACCAUUUCUUUGCUAACACAAUAGUAGAUGCAGGACAAAUGGUGACUCUCAGUGUAACCAUUUAGUUAUCUUUUAGAAUGCUGUUACCUUGGGAAAUUGAAGACUAAUAAGAUGUCAUUGGCUGUAUUCUGCUAAAUUGGCAUUAUUUAGCACCCAGUUCUGAGAAAGCAUAAGAAAAAACUUAGAAAAUCAGGACUUCAGUUUCCACAAGGAAUCUUUUGAUAGCAAAUAGUUUAGGUGACUUCAUAAUCUGGUAUUCUAUUUGCAUAUCUCUUUAAAAACUUAUAUAAACAGUGAUACAGAAAUACAGAUGACAAAAGUAUAAAUCAAAUUUCAGCUUAAGAUAGUGGAAACUGUAAAAGUGAAAAUUGCCUUUUCAAUUAUUUGAUCAGCUGAAAGUACUGAGAGCCCAAAGGAGUUUUCUUUCUUCACUGGGCCGUAAAUCUUAGGUUGAAGAAGCAAAAACUGCUUUCAGAUUCAGACAUAACCGGUAGUUGUAUUGUUUCAAACCCAGGUUUGAUGAUGUGGCUUGUGUGUGUAAAUAGGCAUUCCUUAUUUAAAUGUGAUGGAAGGUGAGAAAAAUGUGAUGGAAGGUGAGAACAGGAACCACAGAAGAAUUCUGUGAUAUGGAAAGUGUUGUAAGAGUGGAAGAUUAAAAAAUAAAACCACCAAAACUCCUAGUCUGGGUAGA